ACAACUGGGCUUGUCAUGGUGUUAUACACACCAUCACAACAACAAAUAGGACAGCAACGCAUGUUUUAAUAACAAGCUUUUAAUAACACGUAUGACCUUCAUUUCUAUUUUAUAUCAGGAUGGAAUAUUUUCCGGACUCUAACGCCAACUAUAAAGAUGUUAAUUACUGGAAUGAGCGGUAUCGGACGGAGGAGAGCUUCGAGUGGUUCGGUGACUUCACUAAAUUGAAACAUCUGCUCAAACAGCACGUGGGAACGGAAGAAAACAUUUUGAUGCUAGGUUGCGGUAAUAGUGCUCUGAGCUAUGAUAUGUACCAGGCUGGCUACACCUCCAUCACUAAUGUGGAUUACUCCAGCGUUUGUGUGGAGAGUAUGGCGGAGAGACACAAGGACUGCACUCAGCUCAGCUGGCUGUGCAUGGACGCCCGGCGACUGGCCUUCCCUGACGGUGUGUUUGAUGUGGUUUUGGAGAAGGGAACUCUGGAUGCCAUGCUGGUGGAGGAGAGCGACCCGUGGAAGGUCUCUGAGAAUGCUGCCAGACUGCUGCACCAGGUCCUCUUGGAGGUCAGUCGUGUUUUGAAACCUGGUGACCGUUUCAUCUCUGUCACAUUUGCGCAGCCACAUUUUCGUAAGAGACUCUACGCUCGAGCAGAGUUCAACUGGUCUAUCAUGCACUAUCACUAUGGCAGAAGCUUUCACUACUUCCUGUAUGUUCUCACCAAAGGGGAGGAGCUUAGCCCAGAGGACGCUGCAUUGGAGAGGAGACUGCUCAUGGAAGCUGAGGCCCCGCCCACCGAAGUAAAAUUUCAGGAAGCGGAUUCUGAGGACUUCCUGAAUAACAUUGGAUUAUAGGGACAU